CGAAGAAACAUGGCCGCACUUACCAGUUGUAACGUUGCGGAGCAUGAGCAAGGUCCGGCAUUGGCGAGAGGACUGGCAACGCAUGCCGCCUUAUUUGAAGGCGGUGGUGGUCGGUUCUGCGACUAUUGGUGGAUGUACGAAUUGAUCCAGGUGUCACUAUAGACUAUUACGAUGUCUAAGCUGCUGGUUUCCUCCUCUCGUUCAGUGUACGUCGUGAAUCAUGUGGAGAUAAUGCCGCUCACCAACCGCCGCCGCAUCAUGUUCCUCUCGCCUGAGCACGAGGAGCGACUGGGAGAACAGGCCUAUCGAGAGAUCCUGAGCAGCUCUCGGCUGCUACCGCCAUCACACCCGAUGUCGCGGGCCGUGACGCGAGUUGGCCGCAAGAUCGCGCAGGAGACAAACGCGCCGUUCAUGAAGUGGACGUUCCACGUGAUCGAAGCGAAAGAGCCCAACGCCUUUUGCCUGCCUGGAGGCAAAGUGUUCGUACACUCGGGACUGUUCAAGGUGCUACGCAACGAGGACGCAUUGGCUGCAGUCAUGUUCCACGAAGCUGCACAUGGCCUGGCUCGACACGGAGCGGAAAAAAUCUCAUUCAGUUUGCUGGUGUAUGGACUGCUGGCGCUCAUAUUCCCGGACUAUGGACAGAUCAGUGAUCUGAUGGUGAAGCUCGCAGUUGAUCUACCAUUUUCUCGCAAGCUGGAACUGGAGGCCGACUCGAUUGGUUUGAGGCUGAUGGCGCAAGCGUGUUACGACCCUCGUGCCAGCAUUCAGAUGAACACGUCGUUGGGUCAGCUAGACAAAGGAUCUCAGUUCAAGUACUUUUCGACCCACCCACCCAGUGCUGAGCGAGUGCAGGCGCUACGUGAACAACUGAACAAUGCACUCGAGAUCUACGAGGCCUCGGACUGUGGAUCACGAAAGCAAGCAUUCGCAAAAGCAAUGAAGCCUGCCUUCUCACCUCAAGGUAACGCUUCAUUUGACUGGUAGACGCACUGCAACAGUGACUUGUGACAGUGGUUUUUUGGGGUCUGAAAGGUAGUGGACGAAAUGCUGGUUGUAACAUUUGAUAUUGUGUACGUCUCUUUCUGUCUUUUAAAACUAAGUCAUCUUGGAUCACCAACUCGGUAGCAACCGGAUAGCUGUUAGCUCCCAACUAAUCAAAUCUGAAGCGUCUAGCAAGAACCAAAGAUUCACAGCUAGCACGAAUAUCGUCAGUACUGUGAAGACGCGGUUUGUGUAGAAUGGGAGACAGAACGAGUCCUUGGUGAUAUUUAAUGCGAUCGCCACCACGGUGUAGGCCAAACGCACGAACAACCAAGUCGUCGAGCCUUCCUCGCUUGAAUGUCAUAGUCUUUGAAGGCAACACAACUUGGAGGUACGGUUAAGUGGCCAGCAUUCACAUAUGGCAAGGCUUCGUUGAUCGAACAGAACCAACUAUCGUCUUGCUGCAAGAUCGCUAAGGCUGAAGCAAAACCUGCUAUCUUUUUGUAGUCUCUGUAUAGCGAAGCCAAUCCCUGACGAGAGAAGCAACGCUGGAGGCACAGCUACAGUAAUGAGGUCCAGGAAGUACAGCAACGAACUAAAGAAUGGCGUAUCCGUGUCCGCCCCGUCGACAACUCGUUUAAUAAAUGCAGUACACCAAGCUCAAUAAGAUAGCGGUAACUAUCACGUUUGAACUCGAAAGUAAUUGGCUUAGGGAAGAGGUUCGUUCGCACCAAACCGCUCAAAUCUCGCAGUAAUAUCGAGAGUGGUUAGGCCACUAUCGACACGACUAGUGAUUGCACCAAGUUCUUCUCGAAUAGUUGCAAGCUAUCGUUUGAACUUGGCUACUUCGAGGCUGUAGAUGUACCGGUGCUUCUAAAACUGAAACCAA